GCCCCUCUCUCUCUGCUGCGGGACCAAAAUAGACAGUUGAGGCUCAGCAGCUGACAUCAACCAGAAAUGGCUGCCACCGGAGUUCUCCCCUUCAUAAGGGGGGUAGACCUCAGUGGAAACGACUUCAAAGUAAGGAUUUACGGCUACAGUCGCUGAUUUUAUAACCAAAAUUAGAACAUAUAGUUUUCCAGCUGAAUCUGAUUCAUGUUAGACACUCGGUGAAAUAGUCAGAUUAGCUCUGGGCUGUUAGCAUUGGGCGUUAGCCAGUUGUCAGAUUUUUCACCAAGUUGCUGUUCAGCCUCAGUUAUAAACGUCCCGCUUGGCUGUUUAUUGAUAUAUUUGAACAGUUAUAGGUUUAAAAAUGAAACGUCUGUACUUUUAAAGGCUGUUGGAACACUUAUGGUUGUUUUUGGACAAUAUACACAUAUUUCGUACGUCAUGUUUUCCAGCUAGCUGCUUUAGCUUCACUGCUGGCUAACUCGGGCUGUCUGAGUCAGAAGCACAGGCAGGGGUGUAUCUAGAAUUUUCUUUGGACUCGGGUUGCCCAACUGUUGAAGUGUUAGAUGUCAAUACAAAACAUAUAACUUUUGUAAUUAUGAGGUUAAUGUGAUGAGGCUAAAGCUCAAGACUAGAACCAACCAGAACUAUCCUGUUUGCUUCUUUGAUGCUGGAGAUUUAUUUUAACCCUUUUGCAGACUUUCCAGGUCAGAUUUGGGGUUCAGAACAUGUGGGUGGUUUGUAAAAUAUGUAGAGCAUGGCAAAUAUGUAGAGCAUGGCAACAGUAGAAGAGGCUUCUAAAGUCCUGGGUUUUUGCAGUGCAAGACGGACCUUAAAGAGUUGAAUGUUACUGCAAGUAUGAGUCUCAGACUGAAAUAAAGGUUUUUCUGAGACAACAAGCUACUCAGAUGAACAAUAUAUAUCUGAAGAAAGAGGAUAAAACUUCCUUGUUUGGGAAUCAAAGUUAGAAUCACAUUUUAUGGCUUUCUACUUUAUGUUUUUUUCCUCAAGUUGAACAACCUUUAGAUCCUUUUGAUAGCUUUCAUUAGCUGAAGUUACAGAUUGUUUGCCGUUCAGCAAGUUGAAUUUGGAAAAUUUGUGAGCUUGGUUUGUGAGACUGAAAAGCAGCCUGUGGCGGCAGUGAAACUGAGAUCAGCAGGCAUGUAUUUGAGCUAUGCAUUCUUAUCUUCAGCUGCAUGUUGGUAUAAAAGUAGUACAAGCAAACAGGCCAGAAGAUAACCAUGCUAAUCCGUCAGGCUGAUGAUUCAGAUCUAAGUUCAGUUCGUGUGGGAUGACGGCAUUUCCUCAGCCUCACUGUGCCCCAUAAUAGAAGGGAGUAAAAUAGAAAGAUACUUCAUUGUCUACUUUACCAUACAAAGCUAUAGAAAUAUAUUUGACUUGUAUUUACCAUCAAAGAUGAGGCACAUUAAAAUAAAUGCCAUAUUUAAAGCCAAUAAGCACUCUUAAAACACAUUAUAUACAACAUGGCAACAGAGAAAAACAGUAUAACAGACAUCACAGAGUCACAUCAAAGGAGGGUAUCAAGUAUUUUCAUGAUAAAUGAUAAAGAGUGGUUGAAGUAACAGUAUACUUCAAUAACAUAUUUGUACCAUUUGAACUAUGAGCAAAAACUGUAAAUGAUGGUUUCGUGGAUGGCUGUAGUCAUCAAAAAUUUAACCCACACUUAAGUGGGACAAAUUUAAUAACCUGCACUUUUCAGGCUCAUCCUGUCUGCAGAGUGAAAAUCUGAUUUACUGUCUGCUGCAUUUUGUCAUGUUGCUGAUUCUGCAGAACAAGAGCAGAGUUGUCCUUUUUGUGCAAUAACAGCCUGCAACAAGGACUGUAAAGCAACGAGGAUGACAGCAACUUUUGAACAGAUAGUAAAUGUCCUUGUAGGGCACUUUCCUAGUCUUCUAACCACAUAGGUUUACUCUACAUAUCACAUUCACACCGCAUUCAUUCAACAAGGGCAGAGGCUGCUAUUCUAAUUGUCUGUAUAAACAAUUAAAACUCAUUCACACACAUGAAUACAUCAUUGUAUUAUUUGGCUUUUAUCCAAGGACACUUCAGCACGUGACCACAGGAGCAAGGGAUCAAACCCUCAACCUUCUGACUCAACCACUGAGCAACACUACUUUACUCAAGUUUCUGUACAUGUACCCUAUAUUGACUUAUUUAUCAUAAAUAUUCAUGAUGUAGAAAGAAAGACGCCGAGGCAGUUGUCUUACUGGUUUGCUGGCACUGAGAGGUUUUCCUAGCUGCAGGUUGACAGACCUGUAUCUGUUGUAGUGACUUCACAGGGAGGAUAUAUAAAUAUUUCAAGUGAAGAAUGACAUGUUGAACACAAGUUUAGGUUGUUUAGGUUACAUUUUUCCCCUCAACCCACAUUAUCACAGUCCUACAACUAUUUAGAUGAAACAUAACUUUCAAAAAGGAAGUAUGUCACAAUUAAACUGUUCAAACCACUAUUCGGAAUCUUUACAUCUCCUCUUUUCUUAUCCCUCACCUCUCUCCGCUGUCUGUCUCAACAGGGUGGGUACUUCCCAGAGCAUGUCAAGUCUAUGAGCAGUCUGCGAUGGCUCAAACUGAACAGGACUGGACUAUGUUACCUCCCAGAGGAGCUGGCCUCUCUACAAAAACUGGUGAGACAAUUUACUCUCUGUUAUUCUGCUGCAAGAAUGGACUCUAUUCUCCUUUGAUUGUGAUCUAUAAUCAUUUUUACUUAUGAUUGCUUAAUGAUACCUCAGGUCUGUCAAGUUGGCUGGCCAGGGUUAAGCGAAAAUGAAAGCUGGCAAACCAUUCGAUAGGUGUUUUGACGCUGUAGGCAGGUGCUUGGUCCUGCUUGGAAAUAAAAUUAGCAUCUACAUGAAGCUGGUAAUUAGAUAAGAGCACAAAUUGCUCUUAAAUCUCCUGAUGGGCAGCUGUUUUGUCUUUGGAUUGCUGUUGAACCACUUGUGAAGUUCUCCUAAACUCUUGAAUCAACUUUUCUUAAUAAUAACAAUAACUAUGUUUCUUAUGGUGUACUUUAAAACAGAGUUUACAGUGUGCUUUGAAAGCAGGGGAACUGUCCGCGCUUUUCCCUUCUAGGCAACUUCCUAUUUAUAUCCUUCCAUACAGCGCUCUAUAACCAGUCUGCCUUUUCAGCAGCAACUGUCUGAGACUUUCCCUUCUUGUACAGGGUGUCUGUUAUUAUCUUUUGGACAACGGUGAAGUCAGCAGUCUUCCUGAUCAUCACUGACCUAGGCAGUAUUCAUCACGUUGAUAUAAUAAUUAACUCCAAUGGCAGUGGAGUCAUUUUCAUCAGUAAUGGUUAACAGUUUAGAUGAGUAUUUCAUUGUUGUUCUUUUAAAUGUCAGCCUGGAUUAUUUAGUGUCCUCGGCCUCUGCUGUGGUGAGUCAAAGUAAACCCGCUUUUUCUACUUGAUGUAUUUGCAAUAAAAACCUCACAUCAGCACAUUCGCGGUCUGCUGAUCAAGGACACACUCUUCACUUUGGUCAUCAGUAUCUUUGACAGGAUUACCUUCACUAAACCUCCAAAGCGGCACUCAGACAGCCAAGGUGAGAGGCUGAUCUGUGCUAACGUGCUUGAUCUUCCCAGGUGUGGUAAAUAAGAUUAGUCUCUUAUCAUUGGCUGGGAGUCAAUGUGUCUGCUCACCUGAAACAUGUGUUUUUUAUCGAGUUUCCUCAGAGUUUCUGCAUAUUUGAGGGACAAAGAUUAUGUUUUGUGUGUCCUCUGGUGAACUAAACUUGACUUUAUCUGUUUUUAGGAGCACCUCUCAGUAAGUCACAACAGUCUGACCACCCUACAUGGAGAACUGUCCAGCCUACCAAACCUGCGGGUAACUAAAAAUCAUCACAUGCAUAUAAAAAUACACAUACAGCACAUGCAUGUCUUCUGUUUGAGUACCACUAUGUUAUGCUUCAGAUUAGUGUACUGAUCAAAGUGAUGUGCUCCAGCUUGAACCACUGAUCUAAUAAUGUCCUUAAUGUUCUUCCUUGUGUGUGUAGGCGGUGGUAGCCAGAGCAAACAACCUGAAAAACUCUGGAGUCCCAGAUGAUAUCUUUCAGCUGGAUGACCUCUCUGUGCUGGUAAGUGAUCAGAAUCAGAAUAAUCAGGGUUUAUUGCCAAGUAAGUUUACAUAUAAGAGCGAUUUUGUCCUGGGACUUUUGGCCUAAUAGUAAAUAUAGAAAUAGAAUAAUAGGAAGGAACAACUGUCAAAAAACUCCAUUGAAAUUAAACAAAUUUGUAACAGACGGUUGCCCAAAAUAUGUGCUUUAUCUCCCUUUUCCUGCUCCACAGCCUUAGCUUUACACUAACCUCCCUCCCUCUUUGUGACGAACUGUGAAGCUUCACUGUUCCUAAAUUAACUCUGGCAUCCAGAUGGUGUUUACAACAAAAACAGAACCAUGUUUUUUCCUCACCUGUCUUGUUUUUUUCCCACUAGGACCUGAGCUACAACCAGCUGACAGAGAUCCCCAGAGACCUGGAGAACAGCAAAAACAUGCUGGUGCUGAAUCUGAGCCAUAACGGUAUCGAUGCCAUUCCCAACCAGCUGUUCAUCAACCUGACAGAUCUGCUGUAUCUGGACCUGAGCGACAACAAGCUGGACAGUCUGCCCCCGCAGAUGAGACGCCUGGUUCAUCUGCAGACACUCAUUCUGAAUAACAACCCUUUGAUGCAUGCUCAAUUGCGGUAAAAAUCCAGGACUCUGUAGUGAUACUCCACACCGUGACUCAAACAACUGGGAAUAAAUCUAAGCAAUGGUUUUUAAAGAAGUGGAUUUACACUCACAUUAAGAACUGUUUUGACUGUUGUUAUGUCCUUGUGUCUGAGCAGCCAGCUUCCAGCCAUGGUGGCAUUACAGACUCUCCACCUGAGGAACACCCAGAGGACCCAGAGCAACAUGCCCACCAGCCUGGAGGGUUUGACACAAUUAGCAGGUAACAAACCAUUUUUUUAAAGACCAAAACCAAUGUGUCGCACCUUUUUUUAUGUUCAAACACAGCCAAAUUUAAAAGUAGUUCAAAUGUAGGAAAGAGUUGUGCUUUUCUAGCAAGGAAAUUAGUCAAAACUAGGAACUUAAAAUUUAAAAUCCCCACUUCUUACAUUCAAGGGGCUGUACCAGCUGAGAUGGCUCAAGUUCAGGCAAAAGAAAUAACCUAACUCUUAAAAGAUUAUAUUCAUCUGUUGGAUAGCUUGGAGGAUGAGGAGGAGACGGACGUUUUAUGUCUGUCUUGUGUCAGCAAAAUGUUCUCUGUGAUUUAUUUUAUCUCUUAAACGUGUAUUAAUGAGUGUUGAUGAUUUCACCGCCUAAUACCACAACACAACAAUGCUCUUAUUUUUCACUCGUUGUAGAUUAAGGGCUUUAAUCAUUUUUUCAAUGUUGACUAAAAAACAAGCAGACGGGUGUGAGAGGAAAUACUGUCAACAAACAGCAAAAGAGAAUGAACACAUAAUUUCAGUGACAAUAUUUUGGUUAGUUUGGAUGUGUUGCAUGAUGAAGUGUUAGCAAACUUACUUCUCUGUGGUGCAGUCAAACAAUUUAACAACUUGUGCAAAGAACUAGUUUCAAAAUAUCAUUUAUUGUGGACUCUGCACCCCAGCCUAGGACACGACUUUAUACAGCUAGUGCAACAAACUACUAGUCCGUUUGUUCUCUUACUCUUAAAGUUGCUUCCACAAACUUUUUCCCUUUGUCCCUCCCCUCUCUCUCCAGAUGUUGACCUGUCAUGUAAUGACCUGACUCGGGUGCCAGAGUGCCUCUAUUCACUGGGCAGUUUGAAGAGACUCAACCUGAGCAGUAAUCAGAUCUCUGAACUGUCCCUCUGCAUCGACCAGUGGACCCAGCUGGAGACGCUGAACUUGAGUCGCAACCUGCUCACCUCACUGCCUGUAAUACUCACUUUUAUUUGUCUACGAGUAUAAAAAAAAAACAUUAAAGUCGCCACAGUUGUUUUCUUAUCAAUGUUGUUUGCUUCCACGUCUCUUUCUGUUCAGUCUGCUAUCUGUAAGCUGUCCAAACUGAAGAAGCUGUACGUAAACUCGAACAAACUGGACUUUGAUGGGGUUCCACCGGGCGUUGGCAAACUUUCCAGCCUCACUGAGUUCAUGGCCGCCAAUAACAACCUUGAACUUAUUCCUGAGGGGCUCUGCAGGUGAGCUUGAACACAAACGCAGAUGAAGGCUUGUGAUUAGAUGGCACUUUUAAUAACAUGUUUGCAUGUGUAUGAUGGCUUUUUUGUAGUGUCAGCUGUGUAUAUUUUCUAACUAUUAUGAUGCAAAAGACCGUGCAAAAGUGAACAAUCAGGUUAGUGGAAGAGAGAGAGGGGAUGUCUGCCGUCAGCUGGCUUAAAUGUUUGUUACUUAGCAAGUCGCUGAUAAUCCAGAAUUGACAUAAAAGUGACGUCUUUUAGUUCUAUAGGUGUCCUCUUGUAACACAGGUGUUGCAUUAUUAAGUAUGCAAACAAUUACAUACAUGAUGUAGGUGGUUUUUAAGUGACUGCAAGGAGAAAACACAAGUGUAACUCAAACCUGAGUGUGCCAGUCAAACUAACCAGUCAAAAUAACCAAUUUUUGCUUUAUUUUUGUCACAGAGAUUUAUACAGUACAGUGCAGAGAUAUACAGGUUUGCAUGUGCUUAAAAAGGGAUUUCUUUCUCACUGUUUUUGGCCUUUAAUAUUAACCCUAAUGUUAAGAGAUAGUCCAAGUUUAUUCGACAGAGCCAACUUGUUCACCUGUUCAGAGAUGCUUCUUUAUUUUGCCUCCACACAAAGUUUAAAUGGUGGAUUUAAUUGUAUGUGUCAUUUUGUCUUUCCUCAGAUGUGGCAAGCUGAAAAAGUUGGUGCUGAAUAAAAACCGCCUGGUUACUCUGCCUGAAGCCAUCCACUUCUUAACUGAUUUAGAGGUAAUCCCAUAAUACUGGACUCUUAAGAGUAUUAAUAAUUGGUAAUGAUGGAUUCAUUUGAGUUUGAUGCAUUUGUGAAAGUCUCCAAAUACAGGAUUAAUCAAAGUGAAGUGGUUGUAACCUUGCUACAGGCUAGAGAGAGAAAACUUUUGAUACUUUUUAGUUAAUGAAGGUAUGUGACAAUGACUGUGGGAUACGAAGAAAAGACGACAAGACAUUGAUAAUGUUACUGUGUUAAAAUGUUGUGUAUGAGUUUAUAGACUUAAUAUAUAAUGAGAUCAAAGUUAAUCUAGGUGAAAAUAGAUGUCAUAGUGUUGAGUUAUCGACACUCACACUAAGGGUUGAUGUGUCUCUGUAGAUUUUGGAUGUCCGUGAGAACCCAAACCUGGUGAUGCCUCCUAAACCUGUGGACAGAGCGGCUGAGUGGUACAACAUUGACUUCUCUCUGCAGAACCAGCUCCGGCUGGCUGGGGCCUCACCUGCUACUGUGGCUGCUGCAGGAGGAGGUGUGUGUAACUCUAGAGUUCUUGUUGUUAUGAUUAUAUCGCCUUUACCAAGAGGAAAAAGUGCUGAAUAGAGUUAAAAAACAGGAAAGUAAAGUGGUAGAUUACAAGUGGUGAGUAGGAAGUUGAAGUCUAUUCCAGAACUGUAGCCUCUGUGCAUGAAGUUAUGAGGCAAAUACAAGUCCCGUUUGUUCUGCAGGCUUUAUUCUGUGUUUGUGUGUGCGCAGGAGCCAGUCCAAGAGAUCCCCUGGCGAGGAAGAUGAGGCUGAGGAGGAGGAAGGACUGUUCUCAGGACGAUCAGGCGAAGCAGGUGCUCAAGGGCAUGAGUGAUGUUGCUCAGGAGAAGAAGAACAUGGAGGUGAGGAAGGAAUUCAAAUAGCAAGAUGGCUACACACACUGCAAGAGGAAAGAGUUGGCAUCAUUUCAUACAAACAAUUCUGCUGAUUCUGCAGGAAAACGGGGAUCUGAAAUACGGGGAUCUGAAGAUCCGGCGCUGGGACAAGAGUCUAGAGAAACCUCAGCUGGACUACUCAGAGUUCUUUUUGGAGGACGUGGGACAGGUAAUCCCUCCCUUCCUCUGUUUUCUUUCAUGUGUGAAGAAAACAUUGAAUUAAUAGUUUUUGGGGAACUUUCAGAAACAUGUAGGGUCUGUUUUACAGAAUGAAGGUAUCUUUGUACGAAUCGUCUCUUCGUCUCUGUCCUGCAGGUUCCAGGUGUGUCAGUGUGGCAGAUUGAGAACUUCAUUCCCGUUCAAGUGGACGAAGCAUUUCAGGGAAAGUUCUAUGAGGCUGAUUGCUACAUCAUCCUCAAGGUAACGCAUCAGAUUUGCAGCCAUUUGUAUGCGCUCUUGUAAGUUUCCUGUUGUUGUGUUGAAUGCAUCAAGACGGAUCAUUUUCUCUUUUUUACUUUAUUUUUUGGUGGACCGCAGACCUACCUGGAUGACAACGGUGCUUUGAGCUGGCAUAUCUAUUACUGGAUCGGACAGGAGGCCACUCUGGACAAGAAGGCCGGUUCUGCCAUCCACGCUGUAAACCUGAGAAACUUCCUGGGAGCAGAGUGCAGGACGAUACGAGAGGAGAUGGGAGACGAGAGCGAGGAGUUCAGUGCUGUACGUAGAAACCUGCUUUAAAGUUUCCCAAGAACGUUUUUUUUUCCUAUCUUCAGUAUCUUUUUUACAUUGUUAUUAUUGUUAUUUACAACACAUUUUCUGUCCUUUUUCCUCUUAUAAACAUUCAAAUCACACAACUUAAAUAGAGAACUCACACAUGUUCCUUGUCCAUAAAAUAUACCUUGGUUUUUUCGAUACUUUUCUCUUCUUCUAUUGCAACUUUUUUUGUACUAAAUGUCACCAGUUUGUUAUUUUUUUUAAACACUGAUAAAGACUCAUCAAAGUAAAAUCAUGUCAAUCUUCUCACUGUGAGCUUAUUAACUGUCAUACCUGUAUAAAGAAGAAACUGCUCUGUGCUGUACUGACAGUUGUUGUUGUUUGUUGUGUAGGUGUUUAACAAUGAGAUCUCCUACAUCGAGGGAGGAACAGCCAGUGGAUUCUAUACUGUGGAGGACACAAACUAUGCAGUCAGGUAGGCCAUCUUACUGGAGUCCAAAAAAGUGAGUCUUAUAAAUCUGUGGGCUGACAGUAGUUUGGUUUCAGACAAAGUACAAGUAAGAAUCUGAAUCAAGAGCAAAAUCGAGUACAACUAAAAAACUCAGAGUUGAGCACAGUCUGAGUAAGUUUAGUCAUGUUUGCAGUUUUAUUUAAGGGUCUAGAUUGAAUUGUCUCAUCUUUAAUUCAUCCAGCACACUUUCAUUCAAUCUGCUUCUUUGAUUUUCAGUGUUUAAUCCUUUGAGCUGUUUUCAGGUUGUACAGAGUUUACGGAAAGAAAAACAUCCGACUGGAGUCUGUUCCUGUGAAGGGCUCAUCCCUCGACCCUCGGUAAGUCCUUCUCACCCUUUGUUCUUUAAAUACCACACGACAAACACCUCCACACUUUGAUAACUCCUACCACACACACAGUUUCCUUUACUGACUCAUGCUUUCUACUUUAUAAUCUCCGCUCUCUCACUUUGACAUAAACACUCCACCUUCUGCAGACCAGCAGUGAAUUUGUCGCGGCUAUUGAAAAUGUUUACUGUCUCCUUUUGGCAGGUUUGUCUUCCUGUUGGACAUCGGCCUGGAAAUCUUUGUCUGGAGAGGAGCCAACGCCACUCUCAGCGCCACCACAAAGGCCAGGUGAGACACAAAUCAAGAGCUUACACAAACUCUCCUGCCAUCUGUUUGGAAAAUCCAUAAUGAAACAUGUCAACUGGAGCUGAUGGCUGAUUUGAGUCCAUAAACAGAGUGAUGCAAAGCUGUUUUUUUUUUCCCCUAAAAAACUUUCAGGUUAUUUGCAGAAAAGAUAAACAAAAAUGAGCGUAAAGGAAAAGCAGAGAUUACAACCCUCAUGCAGAAACAGGAGCCUCCAGAGUUCUGGGAAACUUUGGGAGGACAACUAGAAGAGAUCAAAAAACAUGUACCGGAUGACUUUUCUCCAAUCAGGCCGAAACUCUACAAGGUGAGACUUUUGAAUACUGACUGUCCUCAAGUUUCUUCAGGUGGUGAAAGUUUGUUAUUGUUGAACACAGAUCAUGCAGCAUUAAGAAGAUGUGGGUGUUGUGAGGGUUGUAGGAUUGACCGCUGAUCUUUCUGCUUCAUCACAGGCGUAGUGUCAUGUGCAAAUGUGUUUUUAAAUUUCUUAUGAUGAUGUUAUGAUUUCAAAACCAAAAGCAACCUGACUGAUAAUCUCACGGAUGUCUUUGUCUCUGCCUCCUAGGUUGGCUUGGGUCUGGGCUACUUGGAGCUUCCUCAGAUUAACUACAAGCUGUCAGUUGAGCACAAAGACCACAAAGUCAAACUGGACACUCUGCCAGAGCUGAGACUGGUACGUUAUUCUGCUCCAGAUUCACAAAAAGACACUCAGUAAGACUCAAAGGGUGCCACAGCAGUUUACAUCCCUCCUGGGUGUCUUAUUUCUCCUCUUUAUUCUUCUUUUUAGCUGCAGUCUCUACUGGACACUAAGUGCGUGUACAUCCUGGACUGCUGGUCUGAUGUCUUCAUCUGGAUCGGGAGGAAGUCUCCUCGCCUGGUCCGAGCAGCCGCCCUGAAACUGGGUCAGGAGAUCUGCUCCAUGCUGCACCGGCCCAAACAUGCCUGCGUCACCCGCAACCUGGAGGGCACUGAAUGUCAGGUAACCCUCAAGAUACUGAUCCUGUUUUUACAAUCACCAUACCAGUGGGAGAAUUAUGCACUUAUGAUCCUGCAAGAAAAUGUUGAACGUUAAUCUUUUUUUGAGUUUCAUUGUUGUCAUAAUGUCUCUUCAGGUGUUUAAGUCCAAGUUUAAGAACUGGGACGACGUCUUGAAGGUGGACUACACCCGAGCAGCUGAGACGGUUCAACAGAAAGACAACCUGCAGGGCAAAGUCAGUGAUACGCACGUCUAUUCAUGCUGAAUCUUUAAAAGCAGAUGCUUAUUUCAUGUGACUUGAUCUAUUCCAGUUUUUCUGUUCAGGUAUUCAUGUUCAGUAACUUCUCCUUCUCUCAGGUGAGGAAAGACGCAGAGAAAAAAGACCAGAUGAAGGCCGACCUCACAGCUCUCUUCCUGCCCAGACAGCCGGCAAUGCCUCUCUCUGAGGUAAAACCCUUACUGUUACAUCUUUAUACUCGCUGAAAUCUCCUGCUACUUUCAGCUGCUCACACAUGUAUCUUUUCUUUUCAGGCUGAGCAGCUGAUGGAGGAGUGGAACGAGGAUCUGGAUGGGAUGGAGGGUUUCGUGUUGGAGGGGAAGAAGUUUGCUCGCCUGCCUGAGGAGGAGUUCGGACGCUUUCACACUCAGGACUGUUACGUCUUCCUCUGCAGGUCAGGAUGAGUGGGUGUAACUGUGUAGUAUGAGAGUUAGUGAUUUUUAUCACUCACUGUGAGUAUUGUGAGCUGUGGAAAAACAAAAAAGUUCAACCGCUGGUCUGAAACUUAAAGGGAUAUUCCGCAGUGAAAUUAAUAUAGGGUCAAACACAGCCGCUUGUUUGUAGCGAGAUCUCAGGCUAGUCCAUUACAGACUGAUUCGGGGUGACACAGCUCAAGGAAGAACAUUCAUGAUCAUUUCUCUAUCAUUUCCUUGAAGUAAAAAUCACCAUAUUAGUCAUUUUGCACUGCAGUCUGACUGCAGUGCAAAAUGACGUCUCGGUCUGACUGCAUUUUCAUGAAGAAAUUGUCAUAAAUGUUCUUCCUUGAGCUGCGUCACCCCGCAACAGUCCGUAAUGGACUGGCCCGAGGUCUCGCUACAAACAAACGGCUGCUGGAAGAGAGAGGGUGAGUUGUGUUUAGUCUCUUUGCUAAAGAAAUCAGGCAAAGCUAAAAAGAUGUUUGAUGGCUAGUACUAUGGCUGGGACCCUCUAUGUACUGUUGAUGAAGUUAGGUGCUGUUCUGAACAUUAUUUGUGGUUAUAGAGUGGCGUUUUGUUUGAGCGCGUGGCUCUCUGUAUUGCUAUCGUGCCGUCGUUACUAAAGUUGGUAUAAGUUGGCAACAGUCAUCUCUAUACGGGGGAGUCUAACUCGGUGUUGUGGUGUGUUUGACCCUAAAUUAAUUUUACGCUGGAAUAUCCCUUUCACCCCUUCUCACAGAUAAUGGUCUAUUUUUUUCUUAUGGGUCAUCACUUCUAAUUUCAGUCAAUAUCAUAACUGCCUCAGUAAUCCUUACAGGAGCAACAUCUACUCUGACUACUCUAUAUUCUGUGGUCUAUGCUGUUCUGUAUGUCUUUGGAUAAAAUAAGCAUUUUUAAAGAGUUCCCCAUCAAGAUCUCUAGAGAACCUAGAACAUGUCUGUGAGAUAUUGAUGCAAAAAUGCGUCCUAGAUAAUUGAAUGAAUAACAGAUUAAAGUUCAAAGCUGCUAUCUUCAAGUAUUUGGUGUAAUUGCUCGAGGAGAGCGUUCUGAAGAGGGUUUGUUGCAAAUCUGGUGUCACUUAAGCUGAAGUUUGAUUUUUAUCCAUUAUAAGUUUUGAGGGCAAAGUGCCAGACUUGAUAAUCCCAACCAGCUCACAGUGAGUCAGCAUUUCAGCUCAGCUUUUUGGUGUUUUUCCAAGUCCCUCUGAUUAUAAAUAUUACACUGCAGGCGGAUCCUGCUGCACCUUCAUCAGAAUUAUUAGCUUCAAAGUCAAAUAAAUCCUCACCUCAGUCCUGUCAAAGUGAGCCUCACUCUUGAUUCCUCCUCGCUCACUCAGAUACUGGGUCCCUGUGGAGUACGAGGAGGAUGAGAAGGAGAAGAAGGAGGGUGAAGGAGGUGAAGGAGGCGAAGGAGGAGGAGGACGUAGAGGAGGAGAGGAUGAUGAGGACAAACAGCCGGAGGAGGACUUCCAGUGUGUGGUCUACUUCUGGCAGGGCAGGCAGGCCUCCAACAUGGGCUGGCUCACCUUCACCUUCUCCCUGCAGAAGAAGUUUGAGAGUCUGUUCCCGGGAAAACUGAAGGUGAGAAAACAGACAUUCCUCCACUAAAGACCCGACCUAAAUGUAAAAAUCUGUUUUUAACUCAUCAGAGUUUGUCCUGUUUGCUCAUCACAGUUGUGCCUGUGUUGUUGUUUUUUUUUAAGGUGGUGCGUAUGACUCAGCAGCAGGAGAACCUGAAGUUCUUGUCCCAUUUCAAGAGGAAGUUCAUCAUCCACAAAGGGAAGAGGAAACAGAAGACUGACUCUGCUCAGCCUUCUCUCUACCACAUACGCACAAACGGCAGCGCUCUUUGCACCAGGUAGACACUGAAAUGAUAUCACUUACUGUCAGGUUUAUGCACACAGUCUCUGCUCUUAAACUUCAUCAAACUUCUCAAAUGUUAUAGCCUCCGAAAUUUUUGACUGUUAUCUCAUCUCAGGACGAUCCAGAUCGGAACAGAUUCCAGCAACCUCAACUCGGAGUUCUGCUUCAUUCUCAAGGUUGUGAUUCACAUCGAUCCGUCACAAAGUUUACAAAGUUCUUCAAAACAUUUUUUAAAAAGUGAAAAGUCCUUUUUCUUAAAUGUGUGUUUGUUUUGUGUAGGUACCGUUCGAGAGCACAGACAAUCAGGGCAUCGUUUACACCUGGGUGGGCCGAGCUGCUGACCCCGAUGAGGCCAAACUGGCCGAGGACAUCAUGAACAGCAUGUUCGAUGACACAUACAGCAAACAGGUAAACAUUAAGAAGACUCGUAUGUAUUGCUGUUUCAAGGUGGGACAUUAACACCUUUGUUACACACAGUGAGAAGCACUGUUGUUUUCGUUGACGUUGAUGAAAAUUUUUCGUUAACGCCCCUUUUUUCCACGACAAAGACGUGGCGUUGACGAGCUUAACAUAAGUCUUAGAUGACUAAUAUGUGAUGAGACGAAUGUGUGUUUACGUUGACGAGACAACACUAGACGAAAACGUUAGUGGUGGACGACGAACAGAGUUGCAAAAUUCAUGAGCAUUUCGUCAGUUUAACGGUUAACAUUUAUUUUGCAGUGUUGUUUUUGUUGACGAAAUAUUCUCAUCAACGUCAUCGUCAACGAAAACAACACUGGUGAGAAGUAUGUGACCACUAAUCCAAUCCAAUCCAUUUUAUUUAUCUAGCACGAUUUAAGCAAACGCAAGUUUUCCAAAGUGCUGCACUGCAAGAUAAAAAUACAAUAAAUAACACAACGGAGGCACUAUAGAUAAGGUAAAAAUAAAAUGAGAUAAAACAUAGUAAAAUCAAUUAAAAACAAUAAAUUAAAUCAAUAAAAUAAAAUAAAUGAAGUCAACCUUCUACUGGGUGUUAAAAGCCAAGGAGAAGGAUUUUUUUAAUGUUUGUGAUAAACUUAUUUUCUGUAAAUUGCAUCUUUUUUUGUAUGGCGUUGAAAGGGAUACCUCAUGACACACCAGGGCCUCCCUAACAUAAGAGUGAGAGCAGUCCUCUAAGUUGAAAAAGCAAAAAAUAAACAUGUUCCUACCUUAGUGGACAUGGGAGACAGCUACUCACUCACUCUGUCAAACUUCUUGUGUUGUGUUCACCGUUCUGUCCUGUAGGUAAUCAAUGAGGGGGAGGAGCCUGAAAACUUCUUCUGGGUGGGGAUUGGUUCUCAGAAGGAGUACGAUGAGGAUGCAGAGUACAUGAAACACGCUCGACUCUUCAGGUGAGGGAAUAUCACCUGUUCAUCAAGAAGGAAUCAAUCAGUUGUCAUUGUUGAAGUAUGUUUGUGUUUAACUCUGUCUGCCUUUCUUCUCCUCCUCUUCCUCCUCGUCUCUCAGGUGUUCCAAUGAGAAAGGUUAUUUCUCAGUCUCAGAGAAAUGUUCAGACUUCUGUCAGGAUGACUUGGCGGAUGAUGACAUCAUGCUGCUCGACAACGGCAAAGAGGUGAAGAUGAAUCUGUGAUUUGAUUGGACGUCUCUGGGUUCGGUCAGAUUCCUUCAUCACUGUCGUUUUUCUUCCUCAGGUGUACAUGUGGGUCGGCACUCAGACGAGUCAGGUGGAGAUCAAACUCAGUCUCAAAGCCUGCCAGGUGAGGAGGAAACUGCAAAUGUCUUAUUGUGUAUUAUACAACAGAUAGUUUAAAUCGAGUGAUCUGAUUGGACAAGGAGUUCUUCACAGGAGCUGGUAUAAAUAGACUUAAAACAACCUUUAUCGCUAAAAUCAGAUGUUUCUAAAACUUGAGAUUAAUUUUCCUGAUCAACAUAAGUCAGCAGGGGGGUUUCCAUAUUGAUUGGAGAUCAUAGUGAUGUUGGUGUAACUUUAAUUUGCGUCUUUUUCCUUUUCAGGUUUACAUUCAGCAUAUGCGCUCCAAGGACGCCGAACACCCCAGAAAGCUCAGGCUGGUGCGGAAGGGAAACGAGCCGCACUGCUUCACGCGCUGCUUCCACGCCUGGGGGGCUUUCAAGACCCCGCCCUCAUAGACGAUCGCUCUCAUCCACGCACAGAAACGCUCACACACGUACAUCAAACAUAUUUGCUGCCAUGUAAUUUUUCUACCUGUAAGAUUAAGAUGAUGUCUAUCCCCAACCUCCCUCUAUCUUUCCCUCCAUCCUGCGCAGCAGCCUCUCAACCUCAGAAGGACAGACCUGGACAGCCAGUGAUGACGUUUCCGAGUUGAAAGGCUGUUUCUCGCCUCAGAGACAAAGUACAUAGUCCGUUUUUUCUACAAGCUUUUUUAGCAGUGAGUCUGUUUUCAUGAAAGAAUCGUGUUUUCGUAUGAAAUGGGUCUAAGGUGUACAGAGGCUUUAUAAUACCCAUCUGCUCAGCUGCUUUCACGUGGCUUUGGCUGCACGGUCAAUAGUUUUCAGACGAGGAGUCGCUCCUCUACGCUUGGUGCCAUUUUGCACAGCUCAUUUGAAGCAGUUUAAGGCAAAUAAAAGUUUAAUUUUUAAGUUUUUUUUUAUGUUUAAGGGAGUGAACAGGAUACAGCACUAUAAUUGUUUUUCUGAGGAAUGUCGUUUUUUUUUCUUACGUGUUUCUUUUUGCUGUGUGUUUGUGUGUCCGCCCUAUGCGCCUUUAUUGAAAUGGGGACUGUUUCCCUCCUACAGUCUGUUUUGUUUCUCAACUCUUCGAACUUGUCGCUCACCUGACGUCUGUUUUUAUCAAAAAACAAGCAAAAAAGCCUGUAGAGAUGUUUUAGUUGAGGAGAGGAUUAAGCUACAUCUGUUUGGCCAAAGAAAUCUCUAAAACAGAUAUCCGGGUGCAAGUUAUGGAUGGUGAGAUAAGGCCUUGUUUUAUGUUUAGAUUUAGGGACAGAUAUUUAUAUGUGCAAUCAGUAGAGCCUUGGAGAUACUGAGACGAACUAGAACUGUACUCUUCUUUGUUACAGGCUGCGUUCAACUUGUCAAAAUGUUAAUCUUCUGCAGCGGAGAGGACAAACUAAGCUGAGGAGUUUAUUUCCUAAAUGUAGUCGAAUUAUUUUUGAAAAAGAAAAGUGCUACAGGUUUUAAACUCCACAUGUUUCAUGUUUUGGAGCAAAACUCUUCAUCUGAAAUUUUAUUGGGAGAUCUUUUGCUCCAUUUGAGAGACAUAUCUAAACUUAAUAUCUAAAUAGACCUUUGUUUCUGCUGAUUUUUAACCAUUGACUUCUUGGUGUGAUGGUUUGAUCAGUUCUGGAUCCAAGGUGAACAGAACUGCUGCUCUGCUUCUUGUGACCUGUGCUACAUGGAGGCAUUGGUCCAAGUUAGAUAUGUUUAUUUUCAGAUGGCUGCAUCUCCUCUCUAUCUCUCUUUUACUGUAUUUUGUGGGGUGAACUGUAUGCCUGAUAAUGUUUGAGUUCUACAUGCAUAUAUGUACUGUAUGUGUGUUUAUGAAUAAGUGCACAUGCUCCUGAUGCCACCUGCAGAUGCUUUAUUUAUGUAUUUUAUAUUAAAAUAAAAUCUCACAGUAA